AUGUCCACCACUUACCAUCCCCAAACCAAUGGAUUGGUGGAAAGAUUUAAUAGGACUUUAUGUGAACUCUUUUUCUUAGUCUAUAACCGCGAUGCUAUAUUACCGGUCGAGACAGUUGUAAUAACAUAUCCAGCUGAGCCAACUACUGAAGCUGAGACCCAAAAUUAUCUUUUCCGAAAAAUUGAGUCUGUUCUAGAAAACCUGGAGAAUGCUUGA